CGCUGCGAUUGCUCUUCGGUAUUAUUCCAUUGCUUUCUUCACUUGUCUCAGUCCAUUGGUAGAUCCGGGUGUAUUCAAGCGGCUAAUUUCGACCCCCUUUGGUUUUGACUCUCCUAAGACCAGAAGACCAGAAUGUCUUCGGGAUUCGUGUCUGCUGGGACAGACCAGGAGCCCGUCGAGCGCGACGACGAAUGGCUCCGUGUCCAACACGAAUUGGAGGAGGAGCGGAAGCGCAAGGCCGACCUCGGCAAACAAGAUGGCGGCAAAAGCCUGUACGACGUUCUUCAGCAGAACAAAAUGGCCAAGCAGGAAGCCUUCGAAGAGAAGAUCAAGCUGAAGAAUCAAUUCCGCUCCCUGGACGAGGAUGAAGUUGAUUUUCUGGAUUCCAUCAUGGAGUCGACACGCGCCCAGGAGGCCGCGGUGAAGAAGGAAACGUCUGAACAGCUGGAAUUAUUUCGCCGACAGCGGGAAGAAGCAGAGAAGGCUCUUUUAGAAGACACGUCGGCGGAUGUUGCACCGGUAGCCGAAGGGGGGGACUGGAAAAUACCUGCCCGCAAAAGAAGGCGGGAGAAGAACAGGGAGUUACUUCUUCCCGGUAAGAAACGCAAAUCCACCAGCGAGGCAGCUGGCGAGACUUCUACUCCAGGGGAGGCAAAGACAACUCAAACUACCAGGAAACCGGAAGAAGCGCCUGGGUCUGCGUCGACUCAGAAGUCUACAUCCAUAGAGAAACAGAACCCUCCAGUGGAACCAACAAGGCCGAAGGAUCCCGCAAAGGGUGCUCAAGGUACUGUCUCCGCUCAGCCGGAGAAGAAAAUAGAACCAGCAGCGAAGCCGCCAUCGCUGUCUCUUGGCCUCGCAGGAUAUAGUUCGGAUUCGGAUUAAAUUUGGUUGCUCGACAGUCAGCUCUCGUGCGAUCUUUAUAUUCACAUUAGUGGAUCCCUCGCGCAUAUAACUUCAUGGCUUCCACCAUUGAGGAAUAACUGUACUCACCGAUGGUGUUGUCCUGGUGGUGACUACUGUUUACUGGUGAUGACCGAAAAGUCGGCAAUCCAGGCUGCGGCACACAAUGGGCGUGCAUUUUAGUUCAGCCCAAGCUUACGCCUUUUCAAAGAAAGGGUAAUUUAUUACAAAUUGAAGAAUUUAUAGCUAUCUAGGCUGGCUGCUCGUCAUUGAGAUAGCUUAG